CUCUCUCUCCUCUCUCCCUCUCCAGACAAUCAGUCGUGCGUUUAUGAACGGCAGCGCUCUGGAACACGUGGUGGAGUUUGGCCUGGACUACCCAGAAGGCAUGGCGGUGGACUGGUUGGGGAAGAAUCUGUACUGGGCCGACACGGGGACCAAUCGUAUCGAGGUGGCCAAGCUGGAUGGACAGCACAGACAGGUCCUAGUCUGGAAGGAUCUGGACAGCCCUCGAGCCCUGGCACUGGACCCCGCUGAGGGGUUUAUGUACUGGACAGAGUGGGGUGGGAAGCCCAAGAUUGACCGCUCAGCGAUGGACGGGACGGGUCGGAUCACUCUGGUGCCCAAUGUGGGCCGAGCCAACGGGCUGACCAUUGACUAUGCCGAGAGGCGACUGUACUGGACUGACCUGGACACGACACUCAUAGAGUCCUCCAACAUGCUGGGUCUGGAGCGUGAGGUUAUAGCCGACGACCUCCCCCACCCCUUUGGUCUGACCCAGUACCAGGACUACAUCUAUUGGACGGACUGGUCUCAGCGCAGCAUCGAACGGGCCAAUAAGACAUCGGGCCAGAACCGUACGGUCAUCCAGGGUCACCUAGACUACGUGAUGGACAUCUUGGUCUUCCACUCGUCACGCCAGGGGGGCUGGAACGCCUGCGCUCCACCAAUGGGCAAUGCUCACACCUCUGUCUGGCUGUACCAAUCAGCAGCUUUGUCUGUGGAUGCCCCGCCCACUUCUCCUCAACAAUGACAACAAGACCUGCAGUGCCCCUACGUCGUUCCUCUUGUUCAGUCAGAAGUCAGCCAUUAACCGGAUGGUGAUGGAUGAGCAUCAGUCUCCUGACAUCAUCCUUCCCAUCCACAGUCUGAGGAAUGUCAGGGCUAUAGACUACGACCCCCUGGAUAAACAACUGUACUGGAUCGACUCCAAACAGAACGCGAUCCGCAGAGCGCAGGAGAACGGGAACAUGGUAGGUUACUGACCCCGCCUCCAUAAACCACAUCAG